GCUGGAUUCAAUCUUGCAGAUGCACUUGAGCAGGCCUGUCAUGGAGUGCAGCAAGCAGAGGAUAUCUUGAUGACCGGAAACUGGAAGCCCAGCCAGUCUGGGCUGCCUGGACUGAAGCAGCUUCUUCGCACACUCGACUUGAGGGUUCGCUGGCAAAGGCUCAGAGCAAGUGCCACCGAGAGCAUGGAUGCCGAGGCUUGGGAUGAUUUCUGGCAAACUCACUUGAGAGCGAGCAAAAUGGCCAAGUUGACCCGAGGAGAAGGCAGCGCUCAACAGCUCUAUCUGGGCAUCCUCUGGCUCUACACGCGUGAGUCGUGGUUGCCGCACGUCAUUGAGGCGCUCGCAGGCUUCUUGCGCGAGGGCCCUGCGGAGGUUGCGGCUCAGCCCCAGCAAGCUGCGGAGGGCGCAUCUCUCCAACGUCUAAUGCAGGCACUUUCUCCAAUGGCGCAGUUGGUCCAAGCUGCCACAUGCUUCUUUCGGCAGCAGGGGGUCCAUCACGAGGGUGUCACCUUCAGACCGCUGGUUUUACCUGCAACGCUGUUGAAAAACAUGAUCGACAGGUUUCUGGCCUGCAAAGAUGAAGAAAAGCAGCCGUCUUCAGCGCAGGGCCUCGAGACCAACAUGUGUUUUUUCCUCAGCCAUGGUUCUUUCUUCACAUCUUUCGCCUCACGUUGCGAUGCAGGCAAGCGCCUUGCCAAGACCAGUUCGAAUGUGUUGCUGGCAAUUCAAGCAGAUCCAGUGUCUCCUAGCUUUCCGGAGCAUAUGUCUCUAAAGGGCGGUGGUGAUGACGUGAUUUUUCCAGCCGGAACUAUGUUUCGUCUGGUGCGGAUGUCACGAACAACGAGCUCGGACCUUGAACCGGAGGCGUGUCCUAAGGGCUCGGCCAUGCAGUGGCCAGUCACUGUAAUCGAGCUGGCUGCCACCGAUCCACGACCUGAGGCCUUCUUCGUCCUGGAGCGACGGUCCAGCAUGCUUCCGGAAGAGCUUCAGGACGCACUUCUGUCUUGGGCAGCCGAGGUCACAGGUGUGGCCAGGCAGCAGCGCAUUCGAGAUGCUGCCGCCUGGCUCUAUCGAAGUGCUGAUGAGAAGGCAGCAGAUGCGUUGUUGGAAAGGUCGCUGCGGCCUGAGACCUCGGACGCCUUAGAAGUGGUAGACGAGGACGUGGAGGACGUGGUUGAGGAGGAAAGGCCGGUAAUACACUCUCUCGACCGCCGGCGUCUUCGGAGUCUGCCCGGGCGAGGGUAG